ACAUCUAGAAAGUCCCACUGUAGCCAUCUGUAGCCUGGUGAAUCCUGUCAUGGCGAAAGUGCAGAUCAUGACCAGCUGGACCCGAACCUCCAAAACUGCGUCUGGCACCAUGGGGGCUGGCUAUGCCUUCCUGGCUGGGCCUUCCUCCCAUGGGCACGUGCCGGUGCCUGGAAGCACCUCGCAUACCGAGGCCUUGCUGAAGGCACUGGGAGAGGUCUUGGCCGACUUCCCCAAGGAUAUGGAGCUCGAAGUGGAGCUUACGCAUCUUUUGUGGGUAUUAACUUGCAAUCAUUUUGGCAGGGCACCAGUGGAUUUGAAGAAGGCGAUGACGUUCUUAGAGCCUUUGUUGGGCAGUUUGGUUUCAAAGCAGGUUGUUGCCCUAUUGAAGGAUGGAUUAUUGAGGCGGCGGGCUCACACCAGCUUCACAAUGUGUCACGAUGCAGGGCGUUACAUGACGAAAGAGAACUCAAAGAUGAGACCCCCAGGGGAGGUUGCAGCCAUGAGAAUUGAAGCCGUGAAGAACGGGUCCUUCGUGCUCCACCGAGCAGUUGGUCAGGAUGGCCAGAUGGAAAACGAGGAUCUCUUGGAAGUUCGCUGGCCUGGGAUCUUCGAAAACCGCUGCAUCGUUUUUCAGGAUCGGCUCAGAGACAUCACGCUGGAGGAAAUGAUGGGCCGGCAGAGCUGGGACGAUGCGUUGACCGCCCUGACGGGCAAAUCUUCUUCCUUCGACCCACAGGUGUUGGCCGCGGAGGAUCCAGGGAUUUUCUGGUCCUGCGUCAGACAUGCCAUUAUGACGUCAUGGUCUCCGGUGCUACGCCAAGGGCGUGAGGAAGGCUGGAAGCUGCGCGGGAAGGUGCAAGCAACGGCAGGGUCGAUGGACGUGGAGUUUCCCGGGCAAGAACGCGAGGAGGUGGCGAUGGCUGCUUUAGUGGAGGUCCUCGGCCUGCUUCCUAAGUUACCGGGGCAUCGAAGUGGUUUGGAGGUACAAAUCAUCGGCAAUGAGCGAGAGAAGGGCUCAGUGGCGGCCAUGGAAAAGUUGGAAAGCUUCAUGAACUUGCCCAAAUCUAAGCAGGAGGAGAUUGUUGCGAAGGAUCAGGAAAUCAAGGCCAAGCACGAGAAGAAGGAGGCCAAGAGGCGAGAAAAAGGUCGGCCAGCAGCUGAUUUUCAGCUCACUGGGCAGGAGCGUUGCUGCUGGAGCUGUGGCAACGUUGAGCAAGCUGGUCGACAGUUGUGUCAGUGCAUCCUAUGUAAAGGCUUCUUGUGUUCAGCUCCGUCCUGUUGCAGCCUUCAUUCUGGCUUCUGCUUUGGGAGGGAUGGUGAGCCGGAGUGUGAGGAUGAUACAUCUCACGAUGGCGUGGUCGAGUGCGUUGUCCUGCCCGUUGACCAGCGUAUCAAGCCUUAUCCGCGACCCCUGCCCAAAUCGAAGGCAGCAGCUGAGCGAGCUCUGCGUCAGAUUCUCCGGUGCGAGUCUCUGACCCCGCUGACCCCGCUGCGUGCUUUUCAGCAUGGCUGGAGUGAUCCUUUGGAUGAUGGUUCAAGGAUCUCUCAGAAAGGCUUGUAUCUAGUACAAGCUGGUUUGACUGGAAACCUGAAAGGCGCAGAAGCUUCCAUCUACGGGCUCACGAGCGCAUCCGGAAUGAAGCUGAAUGGCCAGAAAGGACAACUUGGCACGUACCAUUCGGAUCGCGACCGCUGGGAAGUCAUGUUGGCAGGCCAGCAGCAAGCAAAACUGUUGAAACCCACCAACUUGCGAUGUGAUUCCAGCCUUCUGGCCCCUCAAAAUCUGCGAGCUUCUACCAUUCUGACGAGUCUGUUUGACAACACCACAUUCAGUGGUCAUCCUAUGCCAAUGCCAGGACCGGUUGACAACCGAGUGGUUUUGGGGGAUGAGAAGUUGGGUGUUCAAGCACGUGGAGAUGUGUGGGUAGUGAAAGUGAAUGGCGAAUUUCAUUCCUCUGCUGGCUUGAAACCCUUCACCUUCGCAGAAUUUGAGUUGCUUUGGGGGAUCUUCCAAUUCAUGCCGAUGCCUGUAGCUGCGGGGACGCCCUUCGGCAUGGGGACGGUGAUAAGGAAGACCCCUGAGUAUGAGACGUGGCUGGGGCAAACCAUGCGCGCAGCGCUGUUUGGCGACGAAGCCGAUGAUUCAGACGAGGAGGACCGGGAUUUCCUGGAGACCUGGGACUGGUCUCAGGCAGAGGCAGAAGAAGAGCCGGAGCCCAUGGUGGGUGCCAGGGUGCAACUGCAUGGAUUGGAGACUGCCCAGCAGUACAAUGGGGCAGAUGGUCGGGUUGUAGGCACAGCUGGCGAGCGAUUCGAGGUCAGGUUGGACAGCCCUUUGGACAAGACCAUCAGGGUUUUGCCGAAGAAUAUGAUACUGUUGCGCGCCAGACCCAAUGAAGCACAGGGCUGCACUGACUCAGCACUCAGUGAAGUGCCUGAAGUUCCUGAACAAACACUUCAACAGAUAGAGACUUUGCCCGCGUCCCCCAGUGAGAGAGUCCCAGGCUCCCAGCUUUUCAUUGCGCCCUGUGACCUGUUCUUUUGCCAAGAUUCCAUCAGCAUCAAGUUCCGCAACGGGAUCAGCAUUCGUGACACGCUUGGCCAGCUGCUUUCUCGUGAGAUCCGGAAGCGAGACGUGGAAAUGAUGCGGGUCGCCAUCCACCAAGGUCGGCCGUAUUGUCUCAGCAAUCGACGCCUGGCGCUGUACCGACUACUGCAGCAAGCUGCGCGGUGCAGACGAGUCAAGGUGCACAUUGUCAGUGAAGAUGUGGAGUUUCGCCGCAAAUAUACCACCCAGUGCCAGGGAGAGCGGGUCUUGAUCCGCGAAACCUCUGAAGUGGUUGGCCGAACGGCCGAAGACACAACUUUCCGGCGCGCAGCCGUGGGGCCGUGAGGCAAUUUUUCCAUCAUUUUCAAAUUGAUUUGGUUAGAGUCCGGCAGCUCUAGAAAGAAGAGGAGCGUUUGAGUGACAGCCUUGAGGAUGGAUUGGGUUUUGAGUUCUUCCUUAUUUUCCCAGGAUUUUUGGACAAAACCGAUAUACGGAUAUACGGAAACUGUUGAUUUUAUUCGUAAUAUGUUUCCACACUUGGCCAGAGUCAAGAUCCACUAUGGAUUUUAAUGCUCGAACUGGCCAAGUCGAACUGGGUUGAGUCAGUUGAGGCAAACAUACAGUAAGCUAUUGUUUUGACUCUCAAAAGAAUGGGGUUUCCUGCACAUUUCCUAAAAAAGACACCUCUGAAACAAAUAUACACAAGACUGAGUGAAGCAGAUGAACCAUUUUCACUUCUGGGACGUGGGAACAUAGAACUGAAGAAGGCAAUGAUAGAGCCCCCCAAAAAGAUAGAACAAAUGAAUACAAAUCACUCCGAACAAGAGAGGAAAUUUCUCCUACUAACCUUACUAAACGAUAGUGGUAUAUCCAGCCUUUUUGAAAUCUCUUGGGGCUUUACAUCGAUACCAUCAGGUGCUCCCCAUUUCACCCGUCGCAGGCCGCCGCGCGGGCGGCGGAGGAGAACUUGAUCGUUUUCGCGGAGACGGGGGCGGGGAAGACCAUGGUGGCAGAGCUGGCCAUCAAGGUGGCGCGCCGGCACGGUACAGUAGUAGAAAGCACAGCAAAGAGAAUAAAAUGUCGCCUGCCAGCUUCCAUCGACCACAAGUCAUGAACGGCCGGCAACAUCAGCGGUACAAAGAGUUCAAACAAUCCAAAUACUCCAAGAAAAGGGCCAUGUGUGAUUUUUGUCAACAUUCCCCUAUGAC